GGCUGCGCCGGACCGGCAGCCGGGGAGACAAAGCACCGCCGCUGCCGCGGCUGCCGCCGCCACCUGGCAGGUCCCGGGCCAUGGCCGGGCCGCCCCGCGGCUCCGUGCCUCCCGUCCCGCCGCCGCCGCCGCCGUCGCCUUAGGCCGCGCCUCGAGGUAUCUGAGCACCAACUACAUGCCAGGCACUGGAAUUCAGACAGAGAACCCCUGCCCUCCUAGAGCAGGCAAAAAUGACCCAGGUCCCCAGUCCCCGCAGGCCCCGCCGCGCCGCCAUGAAGCUGAACGAGCGCAGCCUGGCCUUCUACGCCACCUGCGACACCCCGGCCGACAACGAGGGCUUCCUGUACAAGAAGGGCGGCCGGCACGCGGCCUACCACCGCCGCUGGUUCGUGCUGCGCGGCAACAUGCUCUUCUACUUCGAGGACGCGGCCAGCCGCGAGCCCGUGGGCGUCAUCAUCCUGGAGGGCUGCACGGUGGAGCUGGUGGAGGCGGCCGAGGAGUUCGCCUUUGCCGUGCGCUUCGCCGGGGCCCGGGCCCGCACCUACGUGCUGGCGGCCGAGAGCCAGGCGGCCAUGGAGGGCUGGGUGAAGGCGCUGUCGCGGGCCAGCUUCGACUACCUGCGGCUGGUGGUGCGCGAGCUGGAGCGGCAGCUGGAGGCCGUGCGCUCGGGCGGCGCCGCCCCGCCCCGCCGGCCCCGCGCCCUCCCGCCCAAGGAGAACGGCUGUGCCGUCUGGAGCGCCGAGCCCCCCGCCGCCGCCGCCCCUGCCCCUGCGGGCGCCACCCCGGGCUCCCGGCCCGGCCCCGAGCCCCCGCCGCUGCCGCCCCGCCGGCGGGCCUCGGCGCCCAACGGGCCUCUCGACUCGGCCUCCUUCGCGCAGCUGCACGAGUGGUACGGACAGGAGGUCAGGGCGCUGCGGAGCCAGUGGCUCAAGAGCCAGGCCCAGCCUGAGGGUGGGGGUGAGGCCUGAACGGAGGGGAAUCGGUCAAGCCCUGCCCUGAGGUCACCAGGAGCCCUGGAUCUGGUGCCACUCCAGCCCCAGGCCCUGCCAACAGGCCCAGCUCCGGGACUCUAGGGGACCUGGUCCUGAGGGAAAUCGUGGUCAGGGUCAGCCCUGCGACCCCUGCUGGGCCUGCUUUCGGGGACUCUGAGCAGUUGCUGGGUUCUAAGGGGAGCUUUGGGACCUCUGUUAGCUUGGAGAAAGCCCAGCCUUGAGGGGCCACCACGCCUGAUUCUCAAGAGAAUCCAGGCUCUGGAUGAGCCUCAAGCAGCCGGAGGGCUGGUGUCAGAGAACUGUAGCCCCAUAUCCAGCCUUGCAGGUGCCUUGGUCACCUGGCCUGUAUCACCCAGCAGAGACCUGUUGCUGGCAAUAGGCCUCAGCUGGGGCGACUCCAGACUGGGCCUCACGUGAACAGAGGAGGCUGGGCUCUGCCACACCACACCUGGGCCUGACCUUUUGCUCAGCCUGCCAGAGGAGCUGCCUGCCUCCAGGCCGCCUGCCUGCCUGCCUGCCUCCAGGAGCAGCAGGUGCAGGAGGUGGCACAGGCGUGGGAUUUUGUGCGUGACCAGUACUGUGAGAUAGCCUGGUCCCCAGGGCUCUGGAGUGGGGCCGGGACAGGACUUUACCCUUGGGCCUCAGCCAGCCUUGAGGUGUGCUCCUGGCACGGUGGCCCUCUGGCUUUGGGCCACGUCUGUGUUCCUGUGGUAGCUCUCAUGUUCUCCCAACACUCCUUUUAACCAUCAUUCUGCCUUCUCUUGGAGCCAGCUCUUCCACCCCCAGCCUGGGGUGGGGCCUCUCAGGAGCUUGCCUGACCUUGUCCAGUCCUGGGCUGGGCAGCUGUGGCCUGAGCUGACUUUCCAGCAGGUUCCCCAAGGAGGAGGGGCCAUGAGCUGACUCGCAGCCCAGAAAGGGCCCAGGUGCCAAUCUGACAGGGGCAAAAAAGCAGCCGUGAAGUCGUGUUUGGUGUCCAGAACCCUGUCCCUCCCUAUCACAGCCCUUCACUGAGCUCACAGACUCAGCCCCCCUCUUACCCACAACAUUCUGACAGGGAGACCAGGUCUCACUUUGCGUCGAGGCCAACUGCUAUUUCGCUGUUUUCACUCACCACGGUGGCCAUUCUUCAUCCAGGGAGAAUCUCAGGGGGCUGGGACACUCCUGGCUCUCAAGCUGGUCAUGUUUACAGUCCUCAGUGCCCCAAAAUGGGGACCCCCUGAGGACACCUCUGCCCCAAUCUUUAUUUCCCCAGGGCCUUCCUCUUGGUAACAGACUGGGCUCUUGGCCCCUUCUUGCUGUCUUUGGAGACCCCAGGGCUUAGGGAAGAACAGGGGGCUGUCUGUGUGUCUGCAUCACCAGCUCACUGCUGGCUCAGUUGACUGGGGCUUCAGUUUUAAUUUAAUUUUAAUACUUAGGGUGUUUUUUUCCUAGCAACAAAGCUUGGUGAUUUCACUGCUUUUGUUUCUUGUUGGCUGGUGGGAAGGGAUAGGGUGCCCUGCUUCCUGCCUUGGCCAAUGGGGGAGGGGGAGAUAGUUGGCACUGCCCCCAAGGAGAGGGCAUAGAGCCUUGGCUGGAGACAAAGACACUUCAGAAUCUCAUGUGAUUCUUUGCCUUCUCCCUGGCAAGUCCUGCUCUCCUGCAGGUGCCUCUGGGGGUCUUGGUACGCUUCCCAUCGCCCUCUUCCCCAAGUCCUGAGUGGUGGAGGUGGGGAUGGCAGCUCUUGCCCAUAGGCUCUGGGUCUCAGGGGUGUUAGGGUUAGUGCCCAGUGCCAUGUCCUGGCCACCAGACCCAGCUGGUGGGGUGAGGUGUUGGUCCCAGUCCUGAUGUAGGUUUACAAGCUCUAAAGGUACAAUCCUCCCCACCUUCCCCACCUAAAGCGCAACAUGGGAUCAUGCUGCCUCUGGGGUUGGGUUGGGGAGAGAUAAUAGGCAGCUUGGGAGAUAUAAAGGCUAAAGUAAAAUAAACAAAAGUUUAUCAAGUAA